AGUGCAAUAUUCUUGAAACAGUAUAAUUUCGGACAGUAUUUUUCUUAAACUGCCGCUUUGUAAUGGUACUGAAUGCCGUCCAGCAGCGAUGUUGACCGCCCUAAAAUGGCGGCGCCGUAGACGUGCCUGACGGGACCCAACGCGGAAUACAGGUAUGUAUAUCUAUGAUCCUCUUGCUAUCUGGGGAGAGCUGAUUGGUUGGACAUACUUGACAUGAGGCGCCGUUUUAAACUUCGAGCUCGAGCUCAAAACCUCUUAAAAAAUAUCAGUGGUGUUAUGUGCUGCUCUGUGUUCAGGAAAUGAAUGUUUUCUUUUACAUUAAAAUAUUUAAGCAUUAUAACUAAGAAACCCGGAAGACAUUCCAGUGCCGGUUUCUCUCCUCCUCGUUUCUCGUGACGUCCGCGGUGACGUUUUCAAGGAAGGCAGCGGCGCCGCGCUUCUCUCUACUCACACCUACAAACUUCAUUCAUGAAAACAGCCCGCUUGUGCGAGUGACUGUGGGUGUUACACUGAAUGUGUUGUGCUUUUUGCACAAUAAGAGCAGAGAAGUGAAGAAGUGGAGCUGUGGAGAGAGGUGGGUAAAUCUGUAGGCUGUUGUAAACAUGCCGUCGCCUGUUAAAGUCAUCGUGGUUGGGGCUGGGAGCCGGGGAGAGUCAUACUCCGAUUAUGCCUCCAUCCAUCCUGAACGUAUGCAGGUUGUAGGAAUUGCUGACCCGAGAAGUUUUGCACGAAACAAGCUCCAGAAACGUCAUAAAGUUGCUGAUGAAAACACGUUUGAUGACUGGAGCUGUGUAGCAGAGCGGGAGAAGUUUGCAGAUGCAGUAUUUAUCUGCACUCCUGAUCGCCUUCAUAAGGAUCCUGCAGUGGCUUUGGCAAAAAAGGGAUAUCAUAUACUGCUGGAGAAACCAAUGGCAGUGACUCUAGAGGACUGCAGAGAGAUUGCAGAAGCUUGCAUUCAAAGUGGUAUAAUUCUAACUGUGUGCCAUGUUCUCCGUUAUGACCCUGUCAUCAGCAAAAUAAAAACGCUUAUUGACAGUGGGGUUGUUGGAGAUGUGAUCCAUAUUCAACACUUAGAACCGGUGGGGUUUUAUCACUUUGCUCACUCUUUUGUCAGAGGAAACUGGAGAAAUGAGGCUGAAAGCUCGUUUUCUCUUUUAGCCAAAUCCUGCCAUGACCUGGACCUCAUUCAUCACUGGGCUGGAGGACGCAGGUGUAUAAAAAUUUCGUCUUUUGGAUCCCUCAGCCAUUUCAGGAAAGAAAACAAGCCUCCAGGGGCAGCAAGUCGGUGCUUAGACUGUUCUGUAGAGAGUAACUGCCCAUAUUCUGCAAAGAAAAUCUACCUGGACAGAGUUAAAGAGGGCUGGGUGAGAUGGCCAGUGUCAGUGAUCUGCUCCAAUUCGGUUCCUGAUAUUGAGUCAGUAACUGAGGCCUUAAAAACAGGGCCCUACGGUCGCUGUGUCUACGAAUGUGACAACGAUGUGUGCUCAAAUCAGGUGGUUAAUAUGGAGUUUGAGGGAGGUCUCACUGCUUCUUUUUCCAUGGUGGCAUUUACAGAAAAGAUAUGUGAACGUAAAACACGCAUCUGUGGCAGCAGAGGGGAGCUGUCCUACAGUGGACAAGAAGUCAGUGUAUUCGACUUCCUCACUCAGACGUCCACAAAGCAUACAGUGCAUGAGAACGUACCUGCGGCCUUUAACUCGGGUGGUCAUGGGGUUGCGGAUUAUCACCUUGUUGACGCCUUCAUUUCAGCUGUUGCGAGUGAAGAUCCACUGCUGAUCCAGUCGGGUCCAAAGGAGACGUUGGCGAGUCACAGACUGGUGUUUGAGGCUGAACGUGCCCGUCUAGAGAACAGGGUUGUGUUCUGUGAAACUGACCAUGACUAGGAGACCAAAAUUAAAGGCAAAAAACUGUUUUUCCUUUAUAAACGCAUAAUUACAAUAGGAAUGGACGAUAUGGCAAAAAUUGUAAAAUCACAAUACUUUCACAAUGCACAGUAUGCAUCAUGAUUUUUAAUUUUUCUGUGGUUUAAAAGCUGUACUGGACACGGUACUGGACACAUUGCACUGCACUGGAUCUAAUUAAACAUGCCUAGUUAUGCUCUGUAAUGAAGCACAGAGUUGGCCAGUGUUCCUUAACUACUGAUGAUACCAACGAUAUUCUCAGAAAAGCACAUUGCACACCCCUAAAAUAGAGGACAUAUUCUAACGGUUGGGUGGGCUUUUACGAAGGAUUAAUAAUUAAUAAUAUAAUUAAUAAAGGGGGGGGGGUGCAAAAACAGUCACUGGAGAAACUGAUUUUUAUGCAGUGUAACAUGUUACUGUGAUUUCCAUAUAUCUAUUUUAAAUCUACAAAUAAUUAUUUGUAAUAUAUAAUUUGAAAUAAAUUGUUAUUCUUUCAGGGGAAUAAACUAUGAACGUUGUAAUAGUUUUUAGAUGUAGUAAUACAAUAAAAUUCAUAAUAUCUCU